AUGGAUAAUAUGUCCAUACAUAGACAUUCAUCAAAUAUUACGACUGUUAUUGCUUAUGCUAUUUAUGAAAAUGAAGAAUUCAUUCAUCAUAUUUUACAUAUAUGUUCAACAAAAACUGAUCGAUCAUUAGAUGAUGGUCGAUGUGAAUAUUAUCUUGAUGUUGAUAGUCAACAAACAACUUCACAAAGAAAAAGCAUAGAAAAAUAUUUUCUUUUUCUAAAUUCGAAUUAUUCCGUGGGAGAUUCACAAUGA